ACGCCUUUUUCUGUGCGUUAUCCUUCGCAGAAAUAAUAGAGACUACACAUAUCCAGGACGGCAGCGCGCCGGAUGUUACGUCAUUACGUUUCAAGUUGCGUAUGGCCUGGAGCGUGUCGGGAGUUGUAGUUUUGCCAACAUUUUUUUUUAAAAGUAAUUUGAGAGCGUCUCUUGUUGCUAGGAGACGUGGAGAUGGGCUCCGGGAGCGGCUUGAGCGCUUGUGGGUGACCGGACUGCUCGCAGAUCCAGACAUGAUGGAUGCCGCUCCCCCCUACGUCACUGACUACUUCCCGGCCAGAAAUCUUUUCCGGACAGGCAAUGGAGGGUCUGGUCACUGGAGGGUGGCUCUGCGGAGCGGACAGGACCAACGGUUCCGCACAGUAGUCCGCUCAGCGUCCUCAGAGCAGAAGAUGGCGGCUGAAAUCGGAGAGGUGAUGCAUCAAAAUCAGAGGCGCCAAUCCAACAAGAGGGAGUACAUGGGGGAACGUGUGCUGGAUACAUCAUUCCUGAUGAAGACGCAACAUGUCCAGAAACCGUCUGAUCUCUGCGCUGCCGAUGUGAGCGACCGGGGCCUGACCGCAGCGCAGUGGGAGGAGUUUCAGCAGUUUACGUGUCUGGCGUACAUCAAUGCAUCGGAGAAUAUGCUGCACCUGGAGUCUUUCCGGACAUUUCCUGCUCUCAGAGAACUGGAUCUCUCCAUGAAUGGAAUCCACAGAAUCACUGUGAUCCCUGGAGAGUUCCCACAACUGGAAGUCCUGGAUCUUUCCUACAACAGCCUCUCCCCGGGAGACAUCCCGCAGCUGGGGGUCCUUCCACGCCUCAGGGUACUCUACCUGACCGGAAACAGGCUGACACAACUGCCGCCGGACCUCAGUGCACCCCCUAGGAAGAGCGCAGACAUCCACAUGUUCCCGAGCCUGGAAGUCUUCAUGUUAGAUGAUAACUUAUUGUCUCAUCCUUCCAUCUUCAUGAGCCUGGCCGGUCUACGAAGGUUAAGGCUUUUAAAUCUGGACAAGAACGCCAUCUCCGCCAUCCCAGACCUCUCCGGAGCCGUGAUCAGACAGACAGAACCAGGAGUAGAUAUGGAGGGACAAGGUCACAUGACUCAGGAGGCUGAGAUGACAGAAGGUGAACUGGAGGCGAGUCAGACUACAGAGGACUCAGUGCAUUAUAUGGUUCAACGCAGUAUGACGGAUCCUGACAGGACAGAGGUGAUAUUCCCCUCCCCCCGUAAUCCAUCUGAACGCACCAUGAAACCCCUGAAUGGCGACAUUCCCCCCUCAUCCCCGCCCGGCCCUCCGAUGUCACCCACAGAAUCACUGUCACCUCCCCUGCCGAACCUGAGGACCCUGAGCUUGGUGGACAACAAGAUCUCUCGUGAAGAGGAGGUUCUGCCAGCGGCGCUGUUCCCCUCGCUAAGGGAGCUCGUCAUUCAUGGGAACCCCCUGACUACUCUUAGGAAAGGUCGUCCUCCAUUGCUGGGAAGUUUCCUCCAAGAGAGACUCGGGAUCAAAGUGACUCACAGAAAAUCUUCAGGAUUCCAUAAACCUCAUCUCCUCAUCCCCAGAAAAGACAAGAGGAAGGUCACGACCCACGUUCCCAAAAUACCUAAACAACCUUUGAUGUUGGAGUCGCUGUUGUCCCCUCUCCUGAGACUGCGCCAACCCGAGAGUGAUGUCACCGAAACUGUGAUGUCAUCGAGCCCGCUGCUGCCUCCAAUCAGAACCUCUUCAGAAAAGGGCAUGGACACACCCCCGGGGCGGAGCCAAGAGUCCACCGAGUCGUCCUCGGAGGAAGAGAUGAGCUGUGGCCCAGAUGUGGAGCCCGUAUUCAUGACUCAGGUUGACAAUAUACCAGAUUCUUCUGCAGAGUCUCUCCACAUCCGCAGCCCCGCCCCCGAGGAGCGAGACCCGAAAGAUAAGGAGGAGGCACCACCUAAGAGAAUCCCAGAGAGGUUCAGAGGGUACGAGGAGCUGUAUGAUGUGGGAGCCUAUCCGGGCUUCAUAGAACCCGUUGGUAUUCAGAACAACGUGCGGGCCCUGGAGUACACCCUCAGACAUCUGCUUGUGUACGGGGACUUCAAACCCAGACAGCACAGUAUCCAGAAGAUGUACAUCCCCCGAGAGAGCAAGUUUGGAUCAUGUCACUUGUCGUCUCAGAAGACUCGGGAGGACCUAGUGGCUGAAGUGUUGAGGAACAUGAAGGAGCGGCAGCAGGUGGUGGAGGCCCCUCUAGACUUUGCCAUACGGGAGGGAAGUCCCAGGAAAGAACACAAAGAAGCAAAACUGCUGCUGAAGGAAUUACAGGAGAAAUAUAAACGAUUCCAUGAGGAGGCGGCGAUACGGGCGUCUGAGGUGGAGGCCGACCUCCGGAACACUGCCCGACAACUGCUGCAGGCCCAGAGGAAAGGGGAGAGCAACCACAAGAGGGCGACAAAUGGGAGAAGACGAGGAGCAGGGAGACCUGGGAAGUCUCCAGACCACGAGGACAUCUGAGGAAAUAAAACAUUCUGAACAACUACCAAAAGUGUCACCCCCUAAAUAUAC